AUGGCUCCGCACAACUGCACCAACACGACCGCGUUUUGGGUGAGUACUCUAUCUGCCCCGUUGAUUCAACGCGCGGAGAAAAUCACAGCAGCUGAACCCUCAAAAGUAGCAGGGCGCAUGUCCUUGGCGUUGUUCGUCGCUACCUUCAUUCCGUUCGUGCUAGCGUUCAUCGCCGUCACGCUCAUUAUCCUUUUCAGGCGACUUGAGAACGGUACCAGACUCUGGGACCCGCUCUGGGCGUCCCUGAAGCGGAAGCUGCAGCGCUUGUGCAGUAAGAUUGGUAAGUUGAACCCCCUCCGUAAGCGUGAGACGAUAACAGUUGCGCUCGAGAUGCAGCCUCCGAUCACUCCGGCGGCUCCGACCGUUCCGGUAGCUGCAGCCGCUCCGGUAGCUCCGCGCAGGCCAGGAGAACCUCACGUCGCGUUUGAGCAGCUUCCGACCGCUCCGCGCAGAAACGAAACACCUCAUGUCGCGUUGGAGGUGCCGCGGCCAGUAGCAGCAAGGGUGGCGCCGCCGGGGCCUCCAGGAGAUGCACUGCUGCCAUUCGCGACACUGAGAGUGAGUGGAUUGCAUACGAUGAAGUCAAGGACUAGAGAGUGGGUUGCGAUGACGCCAGAGGAGAGGGUUGCGAACUGGGUGGCGGAUUUGAAUGCGGAGAGGGAUUUGGAGAAGGGACGGAUGGACGUGCCGUUGUGA